AUGGAUUCAAAAAGUACUUGUGUUUCACUAGGGAAAUUCCCAUUUGAUUACACAGAAGAACAAGUUAGGGAGAUAGCAAAAUCAGUAGGACCAGUACUAGAUGUUAAAUUAUUAUUCGAUGAAUUAACUGGUAAAUCCAAAGGUUAUGCAAUUAUAAAUUAUGGAGAUAUUGAAACUGCAGGAUCAGCAGUCAGAAAUUUAAAUUAUACAUCUUUACCUAAUGGUAGAUUUCUCAAGUGUUCAAUUAUAAAUGAUUAUGAUUUAAAUUCUGAAAAUGAAGAAACUAUAAAAUUACCACCAUUACCUCUAGGUAUUCAAAUACAUCCAAAUCAAAAUGCAUCACAAGUUAUAUCUUCAAUAUUAACAAAUAUAGAUUCAAAUUCAGCAUUACAAAUAUUAAAAGAAAUUAAAAAUAUGAGUAUUGAAAACCCCAAGGGAACAAAAUUAUUAUUAGAAAGAUUUCCUCAAUUAUCAUUAGCUUUGGUUGAAUUAGGAUUGAUUUCAAAUACAACAAAUCAUGAAUUAAUAGAAUUAACAUUAAAUAAAAAACAAAUAGAACUCAAGGAAUUAAGUAUUGAUCAUGUCAAGUUACUACAAUCUGUUAAUGAACUAACAAAUGAAGAAAUUGAAGAAUUAAAUGAAAAUCAACAAAAUAUAAUAAAACAAAUUAAAGAAGAAAUUGAAAAAGGUUCAUAUGGUGAAAUACUAGUGGAAAUAUAG